AUACUUUACUGAUUUUCAGAUGUAUUAAGCAUUAAUAUUAUUAGUUAGAGAUAGGGCCUUGAGUUUCGUCUAUUAUUGCAGAAGAAAGUCUAUUGUUUCCAAGUUCUGCUUGAGUGAUUACGGAUGUCAUUUGCUUCGGAACAUCAAACAAACAUUUUACCUACUAUGGACAAUGAUGAUUAUGAUGCAUUACCUGUUGAAUGGCCCGUGGCCACUCAUAUGUUAGCUGGGGCAGCAGCAGGGGUGAUGGAACACGCUGCUAUGUAUCCCAUCGAUUGCGUGAAGACGCAGAUGCAGAGCAUACAGACCGUUCAUUACAGCGGGCUACGGGACGCGUUUUUGACGAUAACAAAGAAAGAAGGGGCUCAUCGACUGCUACGUGGCAUGAGUGCCAUGGUAGUAGGCGCAGGGCCCGCACACGCAAUGUACUUUGCUUGCUAUGAGAAAGUCAAACACUCGCUUACCUUAAAAAUUAACGGGAAAAAGUUUAAGAAUUCAAGUAUUGCAAAUGGAACAGCAGCAGCAGUGUCCACUCUGUUCCACGACAUUGUAAUGAACCCUGCGGAUGUUAUAAAGCAACGAAUGCAGAUGUACGGUUCAACCUACCCCACCUGCCGAAGCUGUAUGAUAAACACUUACAAAACUGAAGGACUAAAAGCAUUUUACCGCAGUUUCCCCACCCAAUUCAUAAUGAACGUUCCGUUCCAAAUGGUUCAUUUCAUCGUAUACGAACUUAGCCAAGAACAUAUUAACCAAGAGAGGGUGUAUAACCCUUUGAGCCAUAUUUUAAGCGGCGGGGUGGCAGGCGGCGCGGCUGCGUUUGUUACGAAUCCGCUUGACGUGUGUCGGACAUUAUUAAACACGCAGCAGCAUAACAGCAAGGGCACCGUGCACGGACUGCGACAAGCUGUAGCAAUGGUGUAUAGAACUGACGGGUUACGAACAUUUUUCCGCGGCGUUACAGCUAGAAUGUUGUACCAGAUGCCGUCCACUGCCAUCUCCUGGAGCGUUUACGAAUUUUUCAAGUAUAUUCUUUACGGGCAAAACUUAACGAAACAAAAACAGAAUGACAAGAACUAUAAAUAUAAGUCAAGCACCUGGGUGAACCCAUCUUGCCCAGGAACUAUUAUCACUUCUCCUGCAAAUGCUGAAUCUCGUUAAUUUUUCACAAUAGCUUUUAUUUUGCAAUACUAACAUACAAAACAAAGAGGUGUCAUAAUGGAGUAAGGAUUAUGAUGUCAUAAUACUCUUUUAGUUCAAAAACUCAUUAAAACUUGAGGCAAAAAUUGCAAACUUAUUAUAUAAAAUAUUGCACAAAACAACACAACAAUGGCUGCAACGAUUUAUUGUACAAUGAACUUUUGUUUUGUCAGAAUUUAACAAUUCUAUUAUUGUGUCAUAAUGGUCUUUAUCAGCCGCAUGAACAAAAAAUUAACGCAAAUAUUUUGAUAAAUAUGCAAGUAGUGCAAAAGUUGCAAAUUCUAAUACCAACCUAUUUAAAAUUAAUGUGAUUGGCAUAACGUUAAUGUUUUUUUGAAGAAUUUUUUUUAAAGUUCAUUUUGUAAAAUAUUUGAAUUUCUGUUGUUUUUGUUUAAAAGUGAUUAUUCAUUUCUUCAUUAUUAAUGUGGUAGCAAUUUCGAAAACCUUAGUUUUAUGGAGUAGAAAUAAGAACAAUAUUAGUUUUGACAUUAUAAUAACAAAUGUUUGUACGAAUGUGAUAUUAAUUUAUCUGUUACUUCUGUAUGAGUAAGUGCAAAAAUGUUUUGACACAAAUUGAUUUAAUUAAAUACUACGUAAGCUGAUUAAAUGCGUAAAUGGUGGUUAGAUGGCAUAAAGGCGCCAAAGCUAGGGUGGCAGGGUGGGUAGGCCUACUCUAGAAUUUUUCACACUGCAAUAAUCAAAACACAUUGGAACCAAACUUGUUUCAUUGUAAUGAAUGUUAAAUGGGCGUCUAACUAUCCCUGCCUCCCCUGUAUUUUGAAAGUUUGGCAACUAUAAGUGGGCAUGUUAUAACUAACUCGUAUAAAAUAUAAAAAUGCCACAAUUACUUAAAA